CGCCACAUUGAGACUCAUUACCAUUGGAUCCGCGAGAGAGUUGAAGAAGGCAAAAUACGACUCUCUCACGUCGCCGGCGUCUCCAACAUUGCUGAUGGCCUCACCAAGCCAUUAGCAAGACCUGCUUUCGAAGCAUUUCGCAACGCAUUGGCGUUGAAAGCCUGA